AUGGGCAAGGCCAAGGCGCGCGCCGUCGCGCGGUCGUCCGCCGCGUCGUCCGCGCCGGCGACCAAGCCGAGGCGCGGCGUCGGGUUCACGAGCGGGCCGACGAAGCAUCGCACCGGGAAGACGCUCGGCGGCGGCGUGGAGUUCGCGAAGAAACGCCUGAAAGUCGGUCGAAAGGUGGCGAAACACGCGAACGAGACGGACAGCGCGGUGCGGAGCAAGCGCAUACGGCUCGCGGCGCAGAAUUUGCAGAGCGCGGGGGCGGGGACGAGCGGUGAGGGGACGCGGGACGAGGACGCGGCGAGCGCGCGAGGGACGCCGCUGAACGAACUGUUGAAUCAGUGCGGACACUACGCGGCGAAGACGCGAUGCGAUGGGUUGAAUGGGUUGUUGGAGGUGUGCGAGAGGUAUCCGGGCGCGGUGCGAGCGAGGGCGGGGGACGCGAUCGAACGCGUGGGCGAACGGUUGGCGGACGAAGCGAGAGAGGCGAGACGAGCGGCGAGGGAGUGCCUGGGGCGAGGCGUGGUGCCGGCGUUAGGGGUGGAGGGGCUGGCGCCGUUUGCGAAAACGUUGAUUUUGUACGCGGGGGCGGCGCUGACGCACGUGGCGGACGAUGUACGGAGGGACGCGCCCGCGGCGCUGGACGCGCUGUUGGAGGCGGCGCCGACGCUCGUGGCGGCGCACGCGCCGGCGAGCACGCUGGGGCACUUGGGCGAGCUCUUGCGGCGCGGAGACGACGGUGGCGUCGGUUCGGGGUCGUCCGUGCAGCGUGGCGUCGGAUCGCAAAAGCCCGCGACGCGAUUGGCGCUAUUGCGAAGUUGUAGGCGCUUUUUGGAGACGCUCGCAGAGGGCGUAGGCACGACGGACGGCGAUCGCGGUGGUCUUUCGUCGACCUCGUCGAUGACGACGACGUUCGUUUGGGGAGAAGAGGCGCGCCGCGGCGCCGCCACGCGCUCUAUCGGAUCGAUGUAUGCGGAAAGAUCGCGCCAAGCGCCGCCGAGCGUGCUCGCGGCGACGACGGCGUCCAACGACGAAUCUGAAGAUUCCGGGGGACGAAUCACCGGUGAAAGUCGUGCUGCGGUGCGCGUGAACGCCAAACGCCUUGUAGAGUUGGCGAUGUGCGUCUGGGACGACGCAGCGCAGACGUUUACGGAUGAGAGAGGCGUCGACGUUGAUCGCGUUCGAGUAAUGGCGCAAUCCAUGGCGUGCGCUCGGUUAGCGCUCAGCCUCGCCGACGGUGCGGAAGAAUCGGAGAUGCUCGAAAACACUGAUAGUGCAUCGACUGCGGUGAGUGUCGUUCCGGAAAUCGCGCGGCGUACUCUCGGCAUGUUCCCAUCGACGUCGCCGGCGAGCGUGGCGGAGAAGCAAGACAUCUCGCGAACGCGCGAGGCGAUGGUGGAUUUGAAUUUCGAGACGUGUCGGUUCUUGCUCGACGCGUCCUCAUCGGUUGCUCACGAAGCACUCGCGCAGCAUUUAGCGCCAGGAGUGAUGGAUGCGCUUCCGCACGUUCUCGCGCGCGCUUUGCAAUACGUCACGUCGACGCUGCGGGGCGUCGCCCUCGACGGCGGCGCCAUGGGCGAAGACGUGCCGACGCCGGAUGACGCGUACGGGGACGUCUUGGCGCUCGCGCGUGACGCACUUACUUUACCGGCGUGGUGUUUCAGUGCGAGCAUCACGGGUAGCGCGUGUGCAGAUCUUCUCGUCGCCGUGACGGAGACUUGGGAGCGCGCCGUGGCGGAUGAAGACAUCGAACGCAUCACGCAAUGCGUCGCUUUGUUGACGGAAACUUUGCCUGAAGAAGCGCGACAAGGGUACUUUCGCGUGCCGAUCGAAACCGCUGCGGGAUGGGUGCGUCACAUUCCUCGCGUACUGUGGGCGUUCAAGCAUGAAAACCCCUCUGCGACGCAAAAGUUGCUGUCGUUGCUACACGACGUCGCGGCGAGAAAUCCUCCGGGAUCGCCGUUGGCUGACGUCUUAUCGACGUGCGAGGCAGAAAUGGCGGUGCUUUUCUUCAUGGUUCCACCCGCGGGGUCACCCGAAGGCGCGAAAUCGAGACCCGGUCCGUUCGCCCGCCUUCCGUUCCCGUCGCAGUGUGCGGCGGUGCGUCUCGUAGGCGUCUUGCCGACGCUCACGCCGCCGAUGAUUCGGGCGUUGGCCAAGAUGUGUCUGGACGUUGACCGCGUGAAUGAAGAACUUUGCGUCAUCGCUAUCGAGGCCAUGCAAGCCAACGCGCUGGCGGCGCCUUUAGAGUUAACGAUGUCGUUCUACGCCACUCUACUCGUCGGCGCCGCCGGGGUGAAAUUUCUCGACAAGUCGAGCAAGCGCGACGUCGCGACGGUGGAACAGAAAUCCUGGCUCAUCGCUCGUCGAGCGAUUCCGAGCGCGGCGGCCGCUUUAGUAGCGCUUAGUGAUGCCGACGCGCCGUGGACCGGGGCAUCUCUCGCCAGUGUGACGCUCAAGCACAUGUGGAGCAGUCGAGUGGAAAAGGGCGACGUCGACGGCGCCACGCGAACGGCGAGCGGGUUCGUCGCGCUCAUCGCGAGCACGGCUGAAUUCGCAAGAUCGGUGUCGGGUCAAUCGGGUCAAUCGAUCGAUGACGAUAACGUUUCCGGCGCCAUUCCAGAGAUGUUCGCUUGGUUCAUCUUGCGCGCUGAAGACGGCGAUGGCGUUGACGUCGACGUCGCGUGGCGAGCGUUGCGCGCCGCGCCUUCGACGACGCCUGGUCCCGUCGCGAGCGCGGUCGUCGCGUCUUCCGAAUCUUCCGCCGCGCUCACCGAUCGCGCGUUGGCUUUCGUGAGCAAGUUGAUCACGGAAACCGCCGCCGGUUCGAUUGAAAUUUCCAAAGACGAGUUGCGCGACGUCGUCCGAUCGAUUCAAAACAAAGCGUCGGCGCUCGAGGCGAACGAGUCGACGAAACGCGCGCGGGCGCUCGACGUUCAUUGGAACGUCGCGUUCGGAGAGGCGAUAUAG